UCGAAUGAACAAUAAAUGGUCACAGUCGACGCACGCGCUACUCAUCUCAGUACACUCAAAACGAUCGGGUCAUGCGCACACACAUUGUUACUUUAGUUCAAGCAUUUUAGUAGUCGUAUAACAAUAGUAGCUUUUAGUUAAUUUUUAAUUGUGUUUUAGUGUAUUUUUUUUUGUAUAAUUUUGUGGUUACUGAUAAAAUGGAUUCUAAAGUGUUCGUUUCGUGUUUUUGUUUGGUGUUCGUUACUGUUGGAGCCAUAGAAAUGAACUUAACGAACGAGUGGAAGCAAGACAUUGGAUGGGAGAUCUACUGUUCGUGGAAGAUUCCAUUUGGCGACUCCUUGCAGUCAGUUCGGUUGUACCAAAACAAUCAGCAGUUCUUGAUAUUUAGACCUGAGACAGAUGGAGAUAACCGCGUCUUAGUUUACAGACGUCUUGAAGAUGUCCUAACAACAAAUUGUGCGAUUUCGAAAGAAGAGAGGCAAAUGGGAACUUGCGUAUUAACUUCUGAACUGUACCAGCCACAAAGACAUGGCUUUGCAAUUACCUGUGAGGUGUCGGGAGAAAGGCCUUAUUUCAGGAUGGAAAAUAAAACUAUUUUUAUUGAUAAGUAUGUUCCACCUACUGACGCGACGUUAAGGGUCGUGUCCCAGAAUAAAGAUACGGGUCGUGUGACCUUGAACUGCACUUCCAGUGGUGUACCGGGCCCUAAUCUAACGUGGACCAUUCAUGGUUUACAAAACAUCCCUCACGACUUCACCGGUGGCGCUUGGAACGCGACAUCUAAACUAUGGGAUGUUUGGUCCGCCCUGUCUUACACAUCGUCUGCAGAAACUACUGCAGUUUGUACGCCAGAGGUCAGCACUGCAGGCAAGCUGGUUAAAGGAAAAUCUGCUCAACAUAAUUCUGCAGAAAACUUCAAAGGGCUUAUCACACUCGUCAUUAGCACAUUACUAUCUCUAGCACUUAUAAGAUGACCACUACAGGAGUAAACGGCGAAUACUUAAUGAAACCAAAAACUUUGAUUUGUUCAUUUUUAUUUCGGCUGAGUAUCGUUGUAAACGAUUGAUUAUUAUAUUUCAAAGCUGCAGUUACAAUAGGUAAACCAAGAAUAUCUAUAAAAAUAAACCAACAAAUAUUCUCAUAUUUUUAAACAAAAUGGCGGAAUGACAUAUGCGCCUAUCAAAUUGAUAAUGUCUACUUGUCAAUAUGACAGCUGCACACAUUACCUACAGAUAAUAAAUCUAUUGGUUAAUUUUGCAACAAAUCUAAGACUGAAUAUUUAUGACUUACUCGCUGUUCAAAUUAUUUUAUUUCCUUAUGACGGAAUAAAUGCGUAUUUUAUGAGGCGACCAAUGUAUGUCUAAUGUUUUCAGGUUUUAGCUCGCGACUUACUUAUUGUAACUUCAGCCAUAUUUUACACAUAUUUUGGCUCUUUUUAGAGAUUCUUACAUGUUUUACAUUUUAUAAUGUAGGUUACCAUUAUAUUAAUUUUCUAUUACAGAUAAUAAUUGAAAUUCAUAGUAUAUUAUGCACUUACAAAAACCUACUUAUUAAAUGAGAGGAAGACCUUUGCCAUUUAUGUGAUGUAUUAUAAUUAUUUUUAUAACAUGACAAAUUGAUUAAAUGGUAAAAGUCCCCCGCAAUGAAUGUACGUGCAUUUCACAAUAUUUUUAUCAAUAAAAUCGUGACUAUACAAUUGUAAAUAAAUUUUGGACGUAAUAUUUCAUCAAAUAGAAGGAAAGUUUAUAAGAAAAUAAUAAAUUUAGCACCUCAGAGGCACUGGAAGGAUAGAUACGAAUAAAAAUACGUAAAAAAUAUUGUGACUAGGUCAAAAACAUUUACUUGCUUGCAAAAGAAACAGCACCAUCUGAAUAUUUUUUAUAAUACAUUAUUAAAUUAUUUCUAAACUGGCUUUCCAUUGUUAAUUUUGGCAAGUUUUUAAUACUGUGUGAAUUUUGCAAGCAAGUUUGCGUAAAGAAAAUAUAUUUUUAAGCAAAGAUUUGUAGGUAGGAACGUAAUUUGUAGUUGAUAUUGAAUGACAGUGUAGUUUAUGUAUAGUACAGAUUUAUUAGUGUUUUUAUUAUAUAUUAAAAUUACUUGUUUUUUUAUAAUGUGACGAAGCCAGUUGUUAGCCGCCCACCUAUUUUUAUUCUUGAUGUAGAAACAUUCCUUUUUU